GAAACUGAGUUGGGUUCCGGAAAACAAACGUUAAAAUCCACGAAUCCGAAAUGGGUAUUUGUAGUUCAUGCGAGUCAACUCAUGUAGCAACAGCCAAGCUGAUCCUCCAAGAUGGGAGGCUACAGGAGUUCCCUUACCCUGUUAAGGCUUCCUAUGUCUUACAAAGGAAUCCCAUGUGUUUUAUCUGCAACUCAGAUGAAAUGGACUUUGACGAUGUCGCCUCGGCUAUUCAGGAAGAUGAGGAGCUCCAACCUGGUCAACUUUACUUUGCUUUGCCAUUGAGUUGGCUUAAACAUCCUUUACAAGCUGAAGAAAUGGCCGCAUUGGCCGUCAAAGCUAGCUCUGCUUUAAUGAGAAGUGGGGGUGAAAAAUGUGGGUGCAGACGUAAAACUGUUACUCCUUUCGUGUUUCCAGAAGAGUCUCCUCUCCGGAAAGAUGCCGGCUGCGACGGUGCUGGGGACGGUGGUGAGAAGACAGGGAGAGGAGGUAGAGGGAGGAGAAAGUUUAAGGCUAUGUUGAGUGCCAUUCCUGAAUAGUGGGGGUUAAUUUGGGAAACGAAGUGUGGUAUAUUUGUAAAUAUGUAAUCAUCUUGAGACUUGUUAGUCAAAUCAUUGUUAGAAACGGGGGGUGGUUGACCCUCGCCGUGGAUGCGAUUA